AUGCUGCCAAGUGCUGGGGUCUAUUACUUCCCAUGGGAGAUCAACAGCUCAGUCCCAGAGGGGGAGGCGCUGAGGACGUUUGGCAGGUUAUGCUGCUACGACAUGGCCCGGUCUGAAGCCGUUCUCGCCACUCAGCACAGCUCAGCUCAGUACCAGGUCUGUGUCGACACCAAGUUUGUGGAGCCGUUCCAGGCCCAGCUGGGAUCUUGCUACAUGGUCCUGGGAGAGGCUGAACACAGGGAAGGUGAGGGUCCUGUGGUAAAAGCGCGAAUAUUGACCUGCGUGGAAGGGAUGAAGGUGCCCUUGCUGGAACAAGCCAUACAGGAGCAGAGGAAAUACUUCAACGAGAGGCAGGAGCGGAUGGGAAGCAGCACGUCCUGA